AUGCCUGCGCAGCACAGCAACGGUGUCCGCAGGCUGUCUGCCCUUCGCCCGGCGGCGAUACCGGCGGCGGUUGAGGAUGCUGUGUUUGACAUUGGGCAACUAUACCCUCGAGGUGGACUAGCACCGCAAUACAAGAAAUUGUCGGAUAAGGCGGAGCUGCCGAAGAUUCCGAGGGAAGGAUAUGCACCCUCGGGGUGUCUAAGAGCUCGAGACGCCUUCCCUGAUCUUCCCACUAAGCUUCGCGUGGUCAUCUACCAAUUCGUAUUCAUGGAUCCCGGCGGCUUCAUCGAGAUCUGGCCCGAGACAGGCGACAAGCAUCGGGACUAUUACGCGGGACGUACAACUUUCCGAUCGCACUUGAGGGACAUCCACAGUGGAAGUCUGCCUGUUGUUCUUUUGCGUAUCUGCAAGAAGAUCAACGCGGAAGCUAACGAUCAUCCUCUUCUUGGGUAG